AUGAAAGACGAGGAUGCUGUAGCCACGGAAACUGACGACUUGCUGAGGGCGGUGCGAAACAGCAGAGUUGAAAGGGGGCCCUUGAGCUCCGACGGCGUGAUCUGCUUCCGGCUCACUCGGAAGGCCAACGCCCCGCAUGUCAACGAGCUGCUCUUUGAUGCCACCGGUCCUCUGGCUGAGCUACACCAACGUGUUCUCGAUGCUGGCUGCGAGGUGGCCCCGGAGUGGUCGCCUGUGAAGGCCCUCUUCGUGCCCCUCACGAAGAAUCAGCUCGAUGAGCUCACUGGCUGCGCUGCAGGCUCGCUGGAGCUUGGCAAGGAGCACCUCCUGGCCUUGCAGUCUGACUACCCCCUGCUGGACCGAGCCCUCCGGAGCCUCAGCAACGCCCACCGCCCCCGCCUGCAGCCCAGCAUCCACAGGGAGGAUGAUGGUGACGGCGUGGUUCGUGGGGACGAGGAUGAGGAUGAGGAGGACGAGGGCGUGGCCGUGAUCGAGGUGGAGGGUGGUCUCCGCACGGAUUCGAGCCUCGGCUUCCCCAGCUACCCUCCUUGGCUGCAUGGGCUUGGCGUGGCAUGA